AUGUGGUUUGCAUUACCAUGGAGCGUGCUACAAUAUUGAACAAGAAUGUGUUAUUGGUAGUACAGUUGCUGAUGAUCCUUUCGUAUGUGGACCCUGCAGUGUAGAGAAUAAUAUUCCAUGUUCUUCUAACUCAGUAAAAUGUUUCUAUGAAAAGAAGAAUCUGUGUGCUUCUGAUGAGGAUUGUGCCAGCUUUAAACUUCAGGCUUUGAUUGCUCGUGUCAUACGGUCCCUGAGGAAAAAUGAGUUUUUAAACUUGCAAAUGUUGAAGUCUUCUGAUGUUAUCAACUUCUUAAAUUCUGAGUUUGGAUUUGGUGAACAAGAAGCUUGGAAUAUGAUAAAGAAAAUGAUGUGCUUGAAUAUGUUUUCUCUGUCUCAGGAAAAAGAAAGGGGGUAUAGGCUUAAUGCGAUAAAAAAGCCCUUUUGA